AUGGCGCUACACGCGCUUCUGCGCAGAAAUCUCACCUCUUUCUUCCCGGAGAAUUUGUUAUCUCCAACGAUUUCUAAUGGCAGUUUAUCUCUCCCGAUCGCACAUUUCUCCACGGCUAUUGGGACAAAACCCUCUACCUCACCUUCAUUUUUCGAGUUCUUGACGCACAAACAUCAGUUUUCCCCUGCGGUUGCUUCACGCGCCGCCUCGUUUUUAUCCCCUUUGAAUCACCCCGGAAAAUACGAGUCGGUGCUCUCCUUUUUCGAGGUGAUCGGGUUCACAAAAGCCCAGCUGGAGAGAACCUUGUUAAUCCGGCCCCAGUUGCUCGCGGCCGAUGUCGAGAAAAUCAUCAAGCCCAAGAUCAAAAUUUUCCAGGACUUUGGCCUACCAUCUGACGACAUUGCUGUCAUAAUCUCGAGAGAGCCAACGAUCCUGCACGCCAGCCUGAAAAAGAAGCUUGUCCCAGCAUUGUCCUGGCUGAAGGACCUGUUGGGUUCGACUGAGAAGGUGACCCGAGCUUUGAAGCAAUCCGGGUGGCUGCUAAUGGGGGAUCUUGAAAAUAUCACUUUGCCCAAUGUCCAGAACCUGAUGAGCCAUGGCAUGUCCAGGGACCAAGUCGCCAGGCUUAUCACUUAUAUGCCGCGGGUCAUACUCUGCAAGCCAGAAGCUCUAAGCAGAUGCUUGGAGGUCGUGGAUCAAAUGGAUGUCGUUUGGAGUUCGAAAAUGUCCGUGUAUGCUGUUGGGGUCAUUUGCUCGAUGCCGGAUGGAGCUUGGGAACGCAAGCUGCAGGCUUUUCAGGAAAUUCUGGAAUUCUCAGAGGAUGACAUAGUUAGGGCUUUGAAGCAUUACCCCAAUGUUCUUUGUUCAUCUGAGGAUAAGAUGAGGAUGGUCAAACAGGUUGUACUGGGGACCGGAAAAUAUGAGGCCUCGUCGAUUGCUAAAUAUCCGAGGUUGCUCGUGCACAGCAUUGAGAGGCGGUGCAAGCCACGGUUUGAGAUUCUUGGGAUUUUGGAGAGCAAGGGCCUGAUCAACAAAUGGCCUUCUCUCGGAUCAAUUUGUGAUAUGACAGACAAAGAGUUCUUCAAGGAUUAUGUUGGCCAGUAUAUGAGUGAGAUUGGUGAGAAUUAUCUGGACAAGAUGGCACUCAGUUGCAAAAGAGAGGUAAAAUUUGUUGAACCUGGUUAA